GUAUCCCGAAUAGCGCUAAGCGCUCCUACAAAACCGCCCAAUCAAUCGAUAAAUACAAUUAAUAAAGAUCAAACAUCAAACCAGAUAACGUCGUUAGAAUUUGAUACCUCGACCAACUUGUUAUGGUGUGGGGACUCCAAUGGAUAUACUAGAUCGUUCACUCCCCAACCGGCGUUAACCUCUCCUUUCCCGUCCACUCAUUCGAUUCAAUUGAUUCCUUAUACUAAGUUCAAGUCAUCUAUUAAUCAUCCAAUUAAUCAGCUACUAAACCAUCAAAGAGGGAUACUUUCUUUAUCUUCGAACAAUAUAAACUUCAAUAAUAGAAGAGGAUUGUGUCAGUUAUCGUUGAAUGCUGAAUCGAUUAAUAAUGAUAACUUCAAGAAUUUGAAAUGUAUGACUUUCAAUUGUCAUUCAAUUAAUGAUUUGGUAAUUAGUGGGAAUAACUCCUUGUCAAAAGUAAGCUUGUUGAAACCAACCGUGCUAGAAUCGUUCGAUUAUACCGGAGAUUUAUCGUUUAUUAAUAACCUGUCAAAAUUCUUAACCUUGGGUAAAUCAAAUGGUACCGUUGAAAUCUUUGAUCCUUUAGAUAAUAAGGUGGUGAAAAGUUUCCAUGGUCACAACGGACUUUUAUCAGAUUUGGACGUUUCCGGUAAUUACAUCGCUACUUGUGGUUAUUCUCUUCGUCCAAGAAGAAAUAAUCAUUUGAAUAAUAAUCACCCAAAUAGUCUUAAUAAUCCUCCAUCCCCAGAUUAUAUGGUUGAUCCUCUUGUUAAUAUUUAUGAUUUACGUAUGAUGCGUCCUUUACCUCCAAUUCCAUUUUCUGCGGGUGCUUCUUUUGCUAGGUUCCACCCAAAAUUACCAAACAUUAUUAUCAUUUCUUCUUCCACCGGUCAAUUACAAUUUGUAGAUAUUUAUGAUCAAUCUAACGUUUAUUUAUACCAAGCAAACUUAUCAAAUCCUUUACAGCAUCAUCAUCCUCGUGGUUCUCUUGCUGCUGCGAUUUCUUCUCCUGCAUCAUCAAGUUGUUUGUCAAAUAUGAAUAUAAGUGAAAAUGGUGAAUACCUUGUUUUCAAUGAUGGGUUUUCAAAUGUUCAUCUUUGGUCUCUAUUGAAUAAUCCAAAUAAAAAUUUCUUGAAUUUCCCUUCUUCUUUAGAUCAACCGGAUAUAGUAAUGCAAUCCCCAUCUUUAAAUCCUUUACCAGUUGAUUCUAAUGUUCCUCUAAAUUCAAUCGGGAUGCCAUACUAUAAAGAAUUUUUACUAAGUAAUUACCCUACAGAUUUGGUUUUUCAAAAAGAAUUGGCUAAAUUACCAAUAAAAAUUGAUCCUUCCUUAUUUGAAAUUAGUGAACAAAUUGCUCUUGAACCUCAUGUUGAACAACAACAGCAGCAACCUCAACCUUUGCAUAUCCCCAAAUUUAUGGCUUUUGAUAAACUGAAAUACUCUAUUAAAGGCCGUAACACUUACCAAAAAUAUGAAAGUUUGAAGAAUUCAAAAUUAUCAAAUGGUGGUAAGAAAACUACCACAACAACUAUAAUGCCAAAAUUUUUGAGUGAAAGAGGCCCAAUUGCUUCUCCAAUUCCAAGUGUAAACAACUCAACUGCAAAUCUUUUGACGAAAACAGUAUCAAAUACCUCUCAUGACCCUGAUAAAUCUUCAAACGAUGAUGAGCAAUUCGAUACUUCUAUUUUCCAAUAUAAAAGUGAAAAAGCUACCAGGGUCCCUAAUGUUUAUUUAAAACUACAAAUCCAAUAUUCAAAAUUUGGUGUUGAAGAUUUUGAUUUUGAUUUUUAUAAUAAGACUUUAACAUUGAAUGAAUCGAAUAACUCUUUAAAAAUUCCCGAUGAUAGAUUUUGUGGUUUAGAAAACAAUGUCGAUAAUUCUUAUAUCAAUUCAUUAAUUCAACUUUAUAGAUUUUGUCCAAUUUUUUACAAUUCAGUUAUAAAGAAUUUAUUGCCUGAAUACUUACCUAAUAAUAAUACAACAAUCAUAACAAAUAAAAAUCCUCAGGGCCUGUCAAUUCUAAUUGAAUUAGGUUAUUUAUUUGAUAUGAUGUAUAAAAGUCAUGGUGAACAAGUAAAGAUUUCCAAUUUUACCCAAGUUUUAAAUCAAAAUAAAAGAGCAAAUGAUGAAGGAUUGAUUAAUAUUGAUGAAUUGAGAAGUUUGAGUGGCUAUGAUUUGCAAAAAAUUAUUAUAAACUUUAAUAAGUUUUUAAUUGAUACUAUUAGUCAUGAUCAAUUAAAUCAAAUCAAAAGCUUACUGAAAUUUGAUUUUUAUGAAUUUUCAAAUGUUGAAAAAAUUGGUAACCUAUUCAAUAUAGUUUUUGAUGUGGAAGUUCGAUCGAAUGGCUGUGAAUCUUAUGAUCAACAACUAAUCAAUCAAUUAAGUUUGGAUUUAAUCAAUCCACCCCAAAAUGUAUUGAAUAAAAUGAACGGGAAUCAAGGUUUUGCCAAAAAAAAUCAUAGUUUGAUCACAUAUUUGGAAUAUACUGCUAACAGAGUUAAGAUUGUUCCUUGUAAUAACCAUCCUUAUCCUCCUCAAUUCCUUCAUUCAUUAGAAAUUAAACAAACUUUGGUUCAAUUGCCUCCAAUAUUAUCAAUCAAUUUGCCUUUUAAUAAUCAGGAAUAUUCUUUAAUAAAAGGUUUUAAAAAAUGGUUAGUUCCUGAGUUUUACGUGGUGAAAAAUCCGGUAAACAAAAAAAUCAGCUUCAAACCAGUUGUAACCCAAUUUAACCAAGAGGCAAGUAAAUAUGAUUUAUUGGGAUAUGUUUGUGAAAUUAAUCAUGAUUUAGACAACACAAAGGGAGAACAUAAUUUAAUCAGUUAUAUUAAAAUCAAGUCAUCAGCCAAUUCAUAUUUUGCAAAAGAUCAAUGGUUUUUGUUCAAUGAUUUCUUGGUAAUGCCAAUAAGUGAGGAAGAAGUGUUCAAUAUCAACUAUAGUUGGAAAAAACCAACGAUUCUUUGUUAUCAUAACGUUGAUCAUCCGUUGAAUCAAACGUUCAACUAUUUGAAUCAGUCGAUUAUAAACAAAAUUAAAUUGAAUGACAGUAUCUUAUACCGUGACCAUUUUGCUUGUGGUAUUAGAGAAAAUUAUAAACGUGAAUAUAAAAUUUUAACAAGAGACGAGGCCCCAUCUGCUGGUACUCUUGUUUCAAUUGAUGCGGAAUUCGUUACUUUAAAACCAGAAGAAUUAGAAGUGAGCUAUGAUGGGUUUAGGAAUUUGGUCAAACCAAAAGUUCUAUCUUUGGCCCGUAUAUCCGUUAUCAGAGGUGAUAAUAAUGACCAACAGGGAGUACCUUUCAUUGAUGAUUACAUUUUACAUACUUGUCCAAUUUACGAUUACCUAACCAAUUUCUCCGGUAUCGAACCAAACGAUUUAAAUCCCAUCAAAUCGGAAAAGAACUUGGUAACUUUGCAAACUGCUUAUCGUAAAUUAUGGAUUUUAAUUAAUCUCGGUGUUAUAUUUGUUGGUCACGGCUUGAAAAAUGAUUUUAGAACUAUCAACCUAAAAGUGCCUCAAAGCCAAAUAAGGGAUACGAUCGAUUACUUUUACUUACCUGACUUCAAACGUAAACUAAGCUUGAAAUUCUUAGCGUACAUCUUAUUAAAGGAAAAAGUUCAAACUGGGAAUCAUGACUCGAUUGAAGACGCUUACACUGCAUUAUUAUUGUAUAAAAAGUAUAUUGAAUUGAAUGCAAUCGGUGAAUUCGAAUCAACCUUGCACAGGAUUUACUUGGAAGGUCAACAAUUAAGAUUUAAGGUUCCUGAAAGUUAA